UUCCGCGAUAACUCGCGUUUUUUUCGCGAAAGUCUAAGUGAAAACACGCCAAAACACGACUUUUGGGUUUUUCGAUGGUGGCAAGUGCGAAAAGUGGAAAAGUUAUUAUUGGUGGGGGGGAGGGGAUUUGGCAUGAGCUAUGAGGGACCCCCCCCCCCCUCAAGUCACGAAAGAAAAAAUUGGAAUGGUAGGCUAGGCCGGAGUUAAGGCAAAGAAGUACAUAUAUAUAUAAAGGACGACUUUAUUUUUUUUUCACUUCCUUUGUUUUCCGUUCUCUUACAUACCGCACCUUUCACUUCUUUUUUUUUCAUCACUCGAAAUGGCUCCCAAGACUGACAAGCCCGCUGCCGGCAAGGCCCCCGCCAAGACCACCGAAAAGAAGGUCAAGUCCGGCGACAAGAAGCGCAAGGUCUCCCGCAAGGAAACCUACUCGUCCUACAUCUACCGUGUCUUGAAGCAGGUCCACCCCGACACUGGUAUCUCCAACAAGGCCAUGUCCAUCCUCAACUCGUUCGUCAACGACAUCUUUGAGCGCAUCGCCUCCGAGGCCUCCAAGUUGGCUGCUUACAACAAGCGCUCGACCAUCUCGUCGCGUGAGAUCCAGACCGCCGUCCGCUUGAUCUUGCCUGGUGAAUUGGCCAAGCACGCCGUCUCCGAAGGCACCAAGGCCGUCACCAAGUACACCAGCUCCAAAUAAGCAGUGCAAUUCCCCCUCCCGGUCUCCAUCUCAUUUCUCUUUCCUCUCAUCCCAGCUUACAUACACUCUCCACGCUCUCAACCAUCAACUUGUCGCCAUUUACUACAACAAACAACAACAACAACAACACCCACUUCAAACAUUCCAACAUUUACUUUUUCUUUUUGUGUGUAAAAAGCACUAACCUUGUACAGAAC